AACCAACCAUCAACGACAACCAUUCUUCUCUUAUUGCUAUCAUAAAGCACGCUAAAUGCGUGUUAGAGAGAGAUAGAGAGCUCAUUAUUAUAAUAAAACACCCUAAAUGCGUGUUAGAGAGAGAGACAAGAGAGAGAGAGAGAGAGGGAUUAAGGGAGUGGAAGAAUUGGGGUGCUCCAGAGAGAGAGAGAGAGAGAGGGUUGCUCGUUUCUUCUUGUGCUUUGAGGGGGAAAGAAGAUGAGUUUCAUAGAAGAUACAGAUGAUGGGAGGGAUCUUCGGAAGCCAUUUUUGCACACUGGGAGCUGGUACAGGAUGGGUUCGAGGCAGUCGAGUCUCAUGGAGAAGUAUGGCUCCUCUGCUCAGGUCAUCAGAGACAGCUCCAUCUCUGUUUUCCUCUGCACCAUGAUUGUCGCUUUGGGUCCGAUUCAAUUCGGCUUCACUAAUGGGUAUUCAUCGCCCACCCAAGAUGCCAUCAGAAGUGAUUUGGGACUCACUGUUUCAGAGUUCUCUGUGUUUGGAUCCCUUUCAAAUGUGGGGGCAAUGGUUGGGGCAAUUGCCAGCGGUCAGAUUGCUGAGUAUAUCGGGCGGAAAGGGUCACUGAUGAUCGCUUCGAUACCCAACAUUAUCGGAUGGCUGGCCAUUUCUUUUGCCAAAGAUUCAUCCUUCUUGUACAUGGGUAGGUUGCUUGAAGGCUUCGGAGUGGGGGUUAUUUCCUAUACAGUUCCAGUUUAUAUAGCAGAGAUAGCUCCACAAAAUUUGCGUGGCGGCCUUGGAUCAGUGAAUCAGCUUUCUGUCACAAUUGGAAUAAUGAUUGCAUACCUAUUGGGGCUCUUUGUUCAGUGGAGAAUUCUUGCUGUAAUUGGAAUUUUGCCAUGUACCAUAUUGAUACCUGGUCUUUUCUUCAUACCUGAGUCCCCGAGGUGGCUGGCAAAAAUGGGUAUGAUGGAGGAUUUUGAAGCUUCAUUGCAAGUUUUGCGGGGCUUUGAUACUGACAUAUCCCUUGAAGUGAAUGAAAUAAAGAGAGCCGUAGCGUCAAGCAGUAGAAGGGCUACGAUACGAUUUGCUGAGCUGAAAAGGAGAAAAUAUUAUAUGCCUCUGAUGAUAGGCAUUGGACUUCUUGUAUUGCAACAGUUGAGCGGAGUCAAUGGAAUACUAUUUUAUACAAGUAACAUUUUCAAGUCUGCUGGAAUCUCAUCAAGUGAUCUUGCAACUUUUGGAGUCGGGGUUAUUCAGGUUAUUGUGACUGGAGUCACCACUUGGUUGGUGGAUAAAGCAGGCCGUCGACUACUACUUAUUAUUUCUGGUUCCGGAAUGACAAUCAGCUUGGUCCUUGUCGCAGUUGCAUUUUAUUUGAAGGCUUUUGUAUCAGAAGAAUCUCGUUUUUAUAGCUGGAUGGGCAUAUUGUCAUUAGUUGGUCUUGUGGCAUUUGUCAUAGCCUUCUCUCUUGGUAUGGGGGCCAUUCCAUGGGUUAUAAUGUCUGAGAUACUUCCGGUGAAUAUCAAGGGACUUGCUGGUAGUAUUGCAACAUUAGCUAAUUGGCUGACAUCAUGGGUUAUUACAAUGACUGCUAAUCUGCUUCUAACCUGGAGCUCUGCAGGAACAUUUACGAUAUAUGCAUUUGUCAGUGCUUUCACUCUGUUAUUCAUUGUACUAUGGGUACCAGAAACUAAAGGGAGAACUUUGGAGGAGAUUCAGUCAUCUUUUAGAUGAGCCCCAUUUUGAUUGAUUCUUUGGCUUGGAAAUGUGUGGUAAUCAUCGUCUGCCGAGAGUUAGAUUGUGCAGCAUUUGGGGUGUAUGUCAAUCGCCAAAGGCUUGGCCAUUGCUCAAACCUCGCUUUCAGCAAACACUUUCUCCUGUAAAAUUCUUGAGAACAAGGAGAUAAGUCUCUGUGCCCCCUUGUAAGUGACAUUCAAAUCACCUCCUUUUCCAGCCGUGUUUCAAUUGUAUUUGGACCUUUGUUCAUAAGGUUUCCUUAAUGUGUAGAAGAAUGACCACUUUAUUGGUCCUAUUAUGCAAGUGCACAUUUAUCAAUA